GAAUCUUUAUAAAACCCUUUGAUUCUCUUUUCGUCAUAUUUGUUUUGGAAACUGAAGAGUCAAGACACCCUAAAACCCUUGGGACUCUCUUCUGUCUCACUUGCUUCUGCCCCUUGAGAGAGCACAAAUGUUUCCGGUAAUGAUCGACUGAAUGAGUCCACCUAGCAUGUUACGAAGAGCCCUCACCUUCACUCACCUCCCCAAAUCCGUACGACUCAAUGGGCAGCGAGGAAGAAGGCCCUAUGCGAAUAGUGCUGCGUCUGCCGCAGAGGAACGAAACCCAGAUGGCAACAAAGUCCGUGGAAGGAGGCGUAGCAAGAAGGACCUCCAAGCUCUUGUGGAAACGUUUGUCAAUGAGUACAGGGCAAUGAAUGCUGGAAGGUUCCCUCCUUUCGUGUAUACUCAGCAACAAGUGGGUGGUAGUUACUAUAGAGUUAGGGGGAUCCUACAGGAGCUGCAGUACAGAGAUAAGACAUCGCCCUCGUGUGGUGGGAUUGAGCAUUCUUUGGCACGAGAGGGAGUAAGGGGAAGUGAGGCUUUGACUGAAGAUGGAGUUGUCAGCGGUCGAACUGUUUCGGAGGUGGAAAAUGACACGGAUCUCAGUGUUGCCGGUAACGAGUACUUGGAAGCUAAGGAAGAGUUGCAGGCAUCAUCAUCAGUUGAGAUCUUGUCCAAGGAGGUUAUCACUCCAGGGCGAGGUUCUGAUCUGGAUGUCACACACAAUAUUGGGAAGGUGAAAUCUGAGGGAUCUUUAAAAUUUCACCCUGAUAUAGUUGAGAUGUUCCGAGGAUCUGAGAUCUCAUCUAAUUCACAUGACAAAUCUGGGGAUAGUAAAAUGGAGGAAGCUCACGCUGAAAGUAUCUCUAAAGAAAAGCAUUUACAGGGGCAAGGUUCUGAUCUGGAUGUCACACAUAAUAUUGGGAAGGUGAAAUCUGAGGAAUCUUCAUUUAUAGACCCUGAUAUAGUUGAGUUACGAGGAUUUGAGAUCUCUUCUCAUUCACAUGACAAAUCUCAGGAUAGUAAAUUAGAGGAAGCUCAGGCUAAUAAUAUAUCUAAAGAAAAGCAUUUACAGAUAGGGGACACUAAUACAGCCACUCCAUGUUCUGAUGAUACGGAGGAUGUUACUAAACUGAUUCUUGAUGAUUCAGAGUGUAAAAUGAAGCAACAUGAAGAAGAGAUCCCUCAGGCUGAUAGAUUUGAUUCCACUGCUGCAGAGAAAAAUAUACCUCAAGAGGCAGACAAAACAUCUGAAGUCCUCUCUGGUAGGCCAGCUGAUGAUGCAGAACCUCCAAAACCAACAACUCUUUGGGGUGCCAUGAAAUCUUUUGCAAAUGGAAUUAUCAGUAUCUUCAGACAACAGUAGAUCUUUGUCACAUAAGGUAGGAAUCUUGAGGAGAUGGUGUUAUGUUUUCUGGUGAAUUUUUACGUUGCCACAGAGUAGGUGUUGAUAGUAAAAACAAUGUCGAUCUUUAAAGUAGGUUAUGGAACAACUUGGAUGUUUUCACUGCGUAACUUGCAAAUGGUAGUAAUCUUUUAUGUGCAUCCUUGAUUUGUAGUAGCAGUAGCUAGUCACAUAUAAGAUAAACACUUGUGCAAUCUGAGAAGCUCUACAUUUUUGGAAUCUUCUCUUUUUGUCUGGUUCAAAGUUUUGGUAUAUGAGAUACAGCUACAGUGUUACAUAUAAGCAAAAAUCCUGUGCUAUAUGAGAAUAUCAUUUCUUAAAGAAGCUACUAACUCGUUUCAGAAAUAAAAUAAAAGAAGAAGCUACUA